GUCUUGAGGUUGCAUUGAGCUCGUGCUAACUUGAAUUAAAGGUCACGUUAAGUCUCUUUCUCGAAAGGAAAGCUUGAUAAUAGGAGAGAAUAUCAAUGUAGGAAAUUCUAAUUACAAUCAUUCUGCAGCUCCGCGGUCAGGUUGUAUGGUGUGAGAACACACUGGUGCGAGAUUUGACUGUCAUCAAACUACAUGAAUGCAGGACUUGCAGGUGUCAAAAAUUGUAUAUUUCAAGUUCUAGAACUUUCCAUUUCUUCGGUGCAAAAAAAAAAAUGUGGAAAAUCUGGACAAGAGAUUCCAUUAACAGAUAAUUUUCGUUCAACACGUCACGUACGCAGAACUUGCAGAGCAGUCCGUUGAACCAGACUCAACCUAAAUACACCUCGAAGAUUACGAAAAGUUCAACAAUUGGUCUUCAAACCUACAGCCUUGUAACGAUCCUCCAAUCUCAUAGGUACCAUCAAGAUGUUUGCAUUUCUUUAACUGCGGCUGGAUUGGUAGAUAAUUUUUCGUCUUCAUCAAGUGAGUAGAUUGCUCAUUUGGAAUCUACAGAGCACGCGAGAUUCCACCGCAAAUGAACGAGCUAUGGAUUCGAACAUUGUCCUUGUUUUCAUAGGUAAGGCUUAAAUGUGUGACUUUUAAUACUCGUACGUGCGUUUCUUUGAUAAUCCCGAUAAUUAACUGCAGCUGAACACGUACAAAUCAACUUUUAUUCAUGAGGGACCGAUUCCAGACAAAUUUUACAAUUAAGGGAAAAUUCUAUUUAGACUUCGCACAAUAACAUGGGUGCGAAAUGAAAAUUACACAAGUGUGAAAUUAAAAUUGGAUUGUCUCUAAGUCCUAUGUGUUAUCAUUAAAACUACGAGGCAUUAGUGAUAGCAUUGUUUUUCUUAAUACGCCACUCUCUCAAACAAAAUUAACCGUGACCUGAGAAGUACAGCACAUAUAUCUGAUGAAUGCAUUUUCCACUUAUUCUAAUGCAUACAUCAAAAGUUAAGUAGUCAGAGGAAAUGAAACAAGUACAGACAAAGACUUGAGCAUUAUACUAAUGAUCUUGUCAUGAUUAUGACCCUGGUAUAUUGGUUUCCUUUAUAUAUUGGUAUAUUGGCAACUCCUUUAUGUUUGUGUAAUCAUUAUGAUGAUAGUUAUGCCAACAAUGAUUUUUAAAGCUGUGAAACUUGUGUAUUAGUUAGAUAACGAUUUAUUAUUUACAUUUUAUUUUUCAGGAAUUCAUCUUGUUCUUCAUGCAUUUUGUGUCAGGGAAGGUAAGCUAGUUAAAAUUUUAGUAUUUUAGCUAAAUUAUAUCAAACAUGACUGAUUGAUUGGUCAUGUUGACCAAAUAUUUUGGCAGGCUAACCCUUCCUUGCAUUCACAGGCUCUUGCAAAUUGCAGAAAUUGAUUAUUAAGUGUGCACUUAAUUACCCACUCUCUAUGUAAACAUCCUUGAAACAAUCAAAGCUUCAGUUCAGAUAUGGACCUCUUCAGGACCAGAAAGCACUUCCUUUUUAGAGCUGAAUUAAUGAAUUCAAGACCGUACAGUCAAUAUACAAUAGCAUGUGAAGUUGACAUGAUUUCCCAGUCUCUGCGGCAGAAGUUGGGUUAUCAUGUUGAGUUCAAAGUCUGUCUAGUUUCCAAGCCCCUCAAACAUAUGGUGUUUUCAAAAUUUUUCAAACUCAAAGAGAAGUGUCUUCUUUUACAGAAUUUUUGAUAAAUUUACAAUAAAACAAUUACUGACUUUGAUUUUUGCAUGAUAUAUGAAUCAUCAACCUUGUAUCUGUGUUAUCAGCCUUAGCUUUGGCUUCAGCCAAUAACUCAGACCUCUGCAUUGAUAAUUCAUGAUAUCAUGCUCAACCUCAUCUAGUAAUUGCUUAUUAUCAUGUAUAGCAAUUGAAAUGUGAAGCAUGUACUAAUAAACUCUCAAUAUUUGAUUUGCAAUGUUCUCCAACUUCUAGCCGUAAUGCAUUUCCUCAUAAACUGUUAAGAGAAUUUGGUGUUGUAUUAAAAUUGAAAAUCCUCCAACCAGUUAUUGAUUUUCUGCUCUCAUUAACUUUUUGGUGGAGCAUAUUAACUGCAUGUUAAUAACUUUUGAAGUGGAAGGAUUAUCAAAGGCAAAGCUUGGUGCUAUGGCAGAGAUUUGAACGAAGGCUAAAAAAAGUUAAGAUAGCCCAGGGCAAAUGUGAAAUCUUAUUUCAGAUCUGAAAGUUUUUAAAGAAAAUUCAGCAUAGAAAAAAGGAUAGAGCAUAUUUUCUAAGAAAAGCUUAUGAACAAAUGGAUAAAGAAGCCUGGAUUAAAAUUUAACCCAAGGUUAGCACUAAUUGGCUUAUCAAACAACUAGGUCCAAAACAAGGAGGUUUGAUGUAAAACUAUCUCUUGUCAGGUGAAAAGCAUGAUAGUACACUAGUGUAUUUUAGUUUCUUUGAAUGUACUUGGAAAAAUACAAAUUUAAGAAUGUACAUUUUACUCAACUUUUUUUUAUUUAGUUUUAGGGGAAUGUGGAGGUCAUAGGGAUACUUCCUCAGGGACCAUUGAAUCUCCUAAUUAUCCAAAUGGGUACCCUGUGGAACAGAACUGUAUCUGGACUGUAGCUGUUGGAGGUUCUGUGAAAAACAUUAAAUUGUCAUUCAGGUAAGGUUGCACUGUUAAUGUAGUAAGUAAUAUGAAUUAUGAAAGGGAUUUUUAACAGAAAAGGGGUUGGAGGGAAUGUAAGUAUGUUUGUUUACUUUCAAAGAGUAUGGUGUAUCAAUAAGAAUAGCCAACAAGCCUUGUCAGUUGCUCCGGAAGCUUUCACAGGCUACUUUUAAAUGGUUGUGAAUAUAUGGAAGUUAUAUAUUUGAACUGUGGUUAAAGAUGUGAAUAUGAAAGCGAUCUUUGCAGUAAUGAACACUACUUAAGUUAUGCCUUCUUUUUACUACUACUUAAGUAGUGGUUCAUUACUGCGAAGAUCGCUUUCAUAUUCACACUACUUUUAAAAUUUGUAUCAACAAGAUGCCUUGUAAAAGACAUACACUGGUUUCAGAGAAACGUCAGUUAUGCUUGUAUCCCUGGACAUAAAAUAAUGUAUUUUGCAAAACCUUUCAAUUUUUAAUUUAGUGUAAACAACUGAGUAGAAAAUGUAAAUUAGCCAUCAUAGAGGGUAAAAAAGCUGACGUUUCGAGCGUUAGCCCUUCGUCAAUUGCUCUGACAAAGGGCUAACACUCAAAAUGUCAGCUUUUUUACCCUUUACGGUGGCUAAUUUACAUUUUCAACUCAAUUGUUUACACUAAAUUACCUGCUAUACUCUCCCACCGACACAGCACCACAGUUUCUUUACAAACUUACCCCUUUAUUCAUCUUUCAAUUUUUAUUUUCCAUCAUCCAUGUUUGGGAACUUAGAGAGUUGAUGUGAUUUAAUAGCCUUCAAAGGUAAUGGCAAAUGGAUUAUUGUUUUCUGGUUAAUUCUUUUUUUAACCCUUCAGCCCUUAAGAGUGACUAGCAUCUAAUUUCUCCUUACAAUAUCACCCCUGAAUCAAACAUGGAAGUCAUGAGAAUAGAGGAGAUGAUCACCAACUAAAGCAGCCCUUGAUUGUUAAACAAAUUCUCCUUGCCAGCCUCUUUGGAAAUGUAUGGAGAACAGUAAGGAGAAUAUGCAUACUGAUGUUAGGGUGUAAAGGGUUAAAUCAAUUCAGUCCUAAGCUAACUUGAAGAUGUUCCUUUUUGGACAGUUCUUUUGACCUUCAGCCCAGAUCUGCUGAUGGGGAAUGUACAGAUUAUGUUGCAGUUUUCCGUAAACAGUUGAAAAAGGAAGCAGGAGUUGUUCCUGAGGCAAGGAUCUGUGGAGGCGCCCGACCAGACUCUAUGCAGAUAGAAGAGUCAUCAGUGACAGUGCAGUUUGUUUCUGACUCAAUAACUGGUUUCUAUUCAGGCUUUUCUCUCCAUUAUGAAACCCACUUCAAAGAGAGUAAGUUGUUAUGAAGCUGUCUUGUGGUUUUAUCUUGAAACUGUAAAAAAAAGCCAUGGGCUGCCCUAAAGAUACAUGUAUGAAUAAAUUCAAUUCAUAAGAUCUUGCAAGACCCUUAAAUGCCCUCAAUGAUAUUAAUAAUAAUAAUAAUAAUAAUAAUAAUAAUAAUAGUAAUAAUAAUAAUAACUUUAAUAAUAACUAUAAUAAUAAUAAUACCUUUAUUUAGCGCUCGUAUCCUCUGCUCUGGGAGAUAUGGGAGAAAGACGAAUCCUGAGAAAUGCUGCAGUUCAUAUCAGUUUUGGACCAAUUUUAUGUAAUUUUAACACAUUACAGCACCAUAUAUACCUUAUAAGACUGGCAUUUUGAUGUGAAGUAUGGCAGCAUAUUUUUACAAGUUGUGUUGUAUUUUGAUAAGCCUGUAGGAACCCCUUUGUUUGUGUUGCUUAUCAAGGUGGGGUAAAUUACAACACUGUUAAAAUUUGGGGCCCACUAAAAUUGCUACAUAUUUGCUACCAGUCUAUGCCAACUACUUUUAACUAAAGAUAAGUAAAAUUCAUUGCCUUCUAGGUUCUUCUGUUUCCCAAGCCACUGCUGGCAUUGUUGCUGCUGUCUUCUGUGCAAUAGUCUUUAUUGGAGUUGGUAUGCUGCGCUGCAUUAUGUUGAGAGGAUGCAACUGUGGUGGUAGAGAUCUGAGAGACAAUAAUCAAAACCGACAGGUGAUUGGUCACAGUGAAUCAUAUACAUAUCAAGGGGAUUUUCCUCCUUCUUACAGCACAGGUAUGUUCCACAUCACUUAAUUGCAACAGAGAAAUACAACUCUGCUUUUUAUCAUCAAUCAAUUGAACUUGUCUAGCUCUCAUUAUCCUCCAAGCAAGGUUCAAGAAAAGAUACAAAACUGUUGACCAGGAGGGCUGUUCGCAGCUUUUACCUUCUCAUUUCUUUCUUUCAUCAUUUUGAUGAUAAAAAUGUAUAAAAAAAUUAAUAAAAAAGUGGCAUAUUAAGUGUUUGAUGAAAGUAGUGAAGUAACCACUGAGAUGUUGAAGAUGCAGUAUUUGUUCUCAUUUACUUUGAUCACAGUUUAACACAGACAGAAAAUAGUGACAGUCCAGGGGAAUCUGGAAAUCCUGUGUGAUUUUGCAUUUUCUCUGGGAGUAUUAAAUUUGUGAAUAGCUUCUCUCAUUAUUUCCUAAGAUUUCAGCCAAACCACUCUUCUGAAUCUCUUGGAAAGUUACCAACAAUAUUUAUUUAUAAUAAAUACAUUUUAUUGUAUUGAAGAAGAAGUAAGGCAAGCCUGAGGAAGUCUUUGUAAAAAUCUUGUUAAAUUUGUUGUUCUCUUUUUUGAUCAGUGGAUACUGGGUUUUUUUCUGAUGUUUGCAUGGUUACUCCAAGAUGCAAGGAUUUUCAAAUGGAAAUCUUAGGCUUUUGUUAGCACAUAGUUUAGAUAACUAUGAAUAACCUGGAUUUUCUGGAAAACUGGCUCCUUUAACAUUUGUGUUAAAUUUGUUAUUGCAUUGCUAGUCAUGCAUCAUCCAGAGAGAUAUCCCACACCAGAAUCCAGCCCCCAGGUUGGGGCACAGAACAGUAACAUACCACCACAUCAGAACCUGAAUGGAAGAACAUUUUCUGUUGGAUCAAGCAGCAGCUCUGAUGAGGAUGAUGAGGAUUUUCCUCCCCCACCCUACCCAGGCAAUGUCACUCAAAGAGCUGAUGGUGAUGUUGAUGUCAAUGAUGUAAAUACAAAUAAUUCAACAGAAAAUGGACCAAACACUGUUAGCAAUAAUGAUGAAAUGAAUACAAAUAUCACUGAAGAACACUCAAGUUAUCCUGAAGCUACAACUGUUGAUGUGGCUGAUGAAGAUACAAAUAGUGCAUCAUGUGAUGAACCCAACAUUGUUAGCAAUGAUGAUGAAGUGACUGUGAAUUUGAAUGAAGAGCAAUCAAGGGAAGAUAGUGUUAAUUCUCAUGAGGUUCCUCCUUCAGAGGUUGGAGUAGAGCAGAGUUCCUCGACAGCUGGAACUGAAGAUAUUGUGUUGGAUGUAGACACAACAGCACACAGCAGCCAACAAGAAGGCAAUAGAGAAAACUGUGAAACAUCACAAACUGGUGAAAUACUUGAAGAGUUAGAAGUUUUUGUUUGAAAAUCAACCAACUCCAAAUUUGUGGCUUCUAAUUUACUGGGCAUUCCUCACAUCUAAAAUUUAGAUGAUAAAAGUUACUUAAUCUUCCUUCAGUUUCUCUUAACACGUAGGGUACUUCACACUCCUUCAUAAGGAUAGUCCUAUUCUUACUAUUUAGAUAGCAAAGAAGCCUCUAAUCAACUAAGCCUUCACUUAAGUAAUGGAAGAUAUACUUUUAUAUUUGAAAGCUCAACCCAAAAAUUCUUUAGUUGUUGUCAUAACUCAAAAUAUGAAGUCACUCUGAGUUGUCUUUUAAUUUUUUUUUUUUUUAAGCCUUUAGUUAUAGCUCUUGGAUUUAUUUCAUAAAUGUCUAUCCCUUUCAAUGAUUUACAGUAAAACUGAAUGAACUUUUGAUUUCAUUCCACUUUGCAAUUAUCCUAUUUCCUAUGAAUGGUGUCUUGGUUAGGAGUUUGUGUGGAGCAACUUAAGAAAGUACAUGGAAAUAAAAUGCAGCAAAUUUUCAAAUUGUAUUCUUGUGUAAGAAUUGUAAGAAUCUUGACACGGAGAUGUGCCAGUACAUUUGAAAAUUGUUCAAAGUAGGUUGAUCCCUUGACUCCCAAGAUCUGUAUGUUAAUUCUAGCCUAUAUGUGCUACACAUUAUCUUCUAAAGUAGUUAUGAGAAUUUGGUGUUCUUAGAUCAAAAGAACAACUUCUACCUUAUAAGUGUGAGUUUCUCACUAGCUGUUUGCUGGGUACUGUUUGGUUAUUACAGGGAGAAGUUAUAUGUUAAUAAUUUCUGGAAGUUCAAGGGUUUACAGCACACAGUAGGUAGGGAGAAGGAAGUCACGUACCAUGCACAAAGAAUGUUGUCAUGACAAACCUGCAAAGUUGCAUUUAAUGACAAACUUUAAUAUAGGUUUUGAAAUUGGUAUAAAUAGCUGUGAAAUGUAGUAUCCAGUGACAAAACAAUUUAAUUAUGCAUAUUCAUUUGAAUGAUUUGACAUAUUUAUGCAAACGGUAUUACUUGAGAGAAUAAAAUAUAUGAUUUAUUCUGCAUAGCGCACUCAAAAAGGGAAGGUCAGGGAACCUAAGAACCACAAAGAAAAACCCUAUUUCUACCUUUAUUUACCUGUUCUAUAGGUAAGCAAUACAAAAUUGUUAAUAUUUAAUAGAGAUGGCAAUCAAAGCAAAAUCUGUAGAUCCAUAGAAAAAUGUAUUAAUAUUGAUAAAAUGUAUUUACCAGUACCAUCAAGUGUGUUCAUCUUAUUUAAUCUUGUCUGUUCACGGCUGUUUUAUAAAUCGCUUGCAAGGUUUUUUCUU